UUCUUCGGUAACAGAUCGAUAAAUUUCCGGGAUAUGCUCGGAAGUUGCUAAGCAAAGGAGACAACGAGUAUGGCGGCGGACAUUUGACGAUGUACCCAGCGAACGAACUCACUGAAUCUGCAACGCAGAAUAAACAAACGAUUCCUCAUUCGGUAAAAGCCAAAAUGCCAGCUGCGUCUGGAGUGAGACGUAUUAGUGGAGGUAAGGAAAAUGUUAAGAAAAUUCACUGUGCAUUUCACGAAAUCGUACAUUAAUUUCAGCUGGCCCCUUAAAUCAAAUGGGGUUAUCUUUUACUCAAAAUGGAUACUUUUCAUUGAAAAACCGACAACACCUGUUUUUAGUUGUUCAGAAUGCAAGUCGAUGCAUUGGUACUAAAGGUGAAGAUCGAUUACAGUAAAAAUAGUGGAAGAAAUCAGAAAAUGACACCCACCCCUACUCGAAUGUUACAGGAUCCCCCCUGGUGUAGCAGAAAAUGUAUAGAGUUAGCAAAGAGAACUUCCUUCGCUGCUUACUGCCGUACUUUGAAUCCAGUAAAAAGGUCCAAUUGGCCUGUUUUUGUAUCAAAUCUGUGGAUUGAAGUCACUUCAACAUUUUUGUUCAAACAUUUUUAUUGCAGAAAAGUUUGGUGAACGUCCUUUAUCACGUCAUGGCGAAAGACCCACAAGCAGCAGAUCUCUUGACAGUCCCUUGCAAACUGCAGCACAGUCACCCCAACAAAGGUCUCUUUAUUGUGGGGGAAGUAACCUUCAACGUCGAAGCUCAGAAGAGCUGAUCUCUUCUCAUGGUGCUGUCUUUGUUCCAAGGCCUCCAUCCAGACAAAAGACUGGUGGCCGCCCCAAAUCAGCCAAGGGGCGGUCGCAUCCUAACUCCCAUGUUGGAAGAGAAAGAAAAGCUUCAAGAGAGAGUUUGUCUGAUGUUGGAGAUCCAGUUUCCUGUUCCCCACCACUAAAACCACAGCUAUCUUUUUCAAAGUACAAGCCCCUUCCUUCUAUAGGCACAGGGCUUUUUCCCAAGACUGACAAUUACCAUUCUUUAAGUGAAUUAUCUCAAAGUAGAACAAGAAUACAAACUGACAGCAAUGAUACUGAUAAUGUGACAACCUUGUCAAAAGCUACUGCAAGUCUAUCAUUACACUACUCCCUCCCUGAUGAACCAACAGAUGCAGAGCCAGAGAGACUUAAUCUUGCCAUAAAACUAUUGGAUGGUACUCGUCAUGAGAGAUGGUUUAGACCCACAGACACUCUAGGCGCAGUGAUUGCAUUUGCCGCAUCAGUUACUAAGGACGAGCUUCCUCCCUGUCUCAUUUGCACAAAUGAGGUGCCCAGAAGAGUUUUUGAUAAUUUUUCUCUAAGUUUGUCACAAGCUGGGAUAAACUCAAGAACAGUUGUCUAUCUUGAAGACUUGGUACCAUUAGAUAACAAUAGUAAAUAACUAAACCCCUUCUUGUCAUCAUAGUGAAACCCAUUCAAUUCAACCACUCAAGGGUGAUGAAAAUCUGGUAAAUUUUUUUAGGUAGUCUUAUGAAGGGAGUGUUUGGAUUAGCAUGGGUUUCAAUAAGCACCGACAACUGACAAAACGCGUCAAUUAUUUUGCUUAGAGAAGUCGGCUACUUUUCUCCCCAAAAGAAGAAGCAACUAGUACUGAUGAUGUCGUAAACAAGUACCAUAUCAUAAAAUCUGGCUACUUCAACUAUUAUUGAAACCCCUGGAUUAGGAAGGUUAUAAGUUGGUGUUUUUGUUCAUUUGGGCCAAAAAAAAUAUGGUCAAAAUUAUAAAGUGGUGAUGAGGUAAAGUUUUAAUCUUAGAGCUAUGUUCACUCAAGCUCCUGCAUGGUAAACAGAAAGAAAAUGAGGCAACCAAAAGUGCAGCUUUACUCUUGGACCUUGUUCCUCAAUACCCUGCGAGCAGAGGUUACUCCCUUGCAUGCCUACAGCAUUUACAAGCCUUCAAGCCUUUUGUAUCGCAUGUCAGUUACUUAGUUGGUUUGUUUACGCCCCAGGAGAAACAUUUUUGUCAGGGUGUAAACAAACCAUCUACACAACUGACAUGCGACGCAAAUGACUUGUCAUAAACACUAAAAGUCAUGCAAGAGAGAAACAUCUGCUCAGUUUUUUUUUUCAAACAUGUAAAAAUAGCC